CUUGAACCGCCCUGAUGGAGGUUCUCUGCAAAAUAUUAGCAGUGUGCUCGCUGCUCGUCAGCGCUCAGGCGUUUGUGGCUGUGGAGCCAGCCAGCUCGAGUGAGCUGUCUUGGAAGUCCCUGUUCUUCGAUGCCCUCGUCGGCAACUCCAAUGAGUUGCAGGCUGCAGGAGCCCUGAGCAGCCUCGAGGAAUGCACGGCCAUCUACACGGUGGAGAACAUCGAGAUCCUCCUAACUGCGAGCUACAAGAUCCGCCGAUGCAUCAGAGUCGAUGAGAAGGACAUCCGUCGCUAUCUAAAGCAAGACGAUGCCACCCAUACAAGGAAGUCAUUCGAGCGGGAGCUGCUCUCCUGCUCGCGCCGUGACUGCUAUGUGGACUCGAUCCUGAACCUGUUCAGCUCCGUCCGCCUCAGCCGCCACGACUACAGGCGCAGCCGGCACUGUAUCCUUAAGGAGGUAGAACAAGCUCUUAUCCAGCUGGACAGGGCGUCCAUCGUCCUGGCUAACUGCCUCGCAGAACAGCAGCCCUCUCAGAAUUCCACUCUGCCCCCACCCAUCUGGAAUACAACUCACACCACUCCCAACUGGAACUGGAACAAUACCACUUCCGGUCCAAGUGGGAACACUACCGAAUGGCCCUGGUGGAGUAAUACGACAGCUGGACCAAAUGUGAAUACAACCCAAGGUCCUUGGUGGGGUAACACCACUUCCGGUCCAAGUGGGAAUACUACUGAAUGGCCCUGGUGGAGCAAUACGACCGCUGGACCAAAUGUGAAUACAACCCAAGGUCCUUGGUGGGGUAACACCACUUCCGGUCCAAGUGGGAAUACUACUGAAUGGCCCUGGUGGAGCAAUACGACCGCUGGACCAAAUGUGAAUACAACCCAAGGUCCUUGGUGGGGUAACACCACUUCCGGUCCAAGUGGGAACACUACUGAAUGGCCCUGGUGGAGCAAUACGACCGCUGGACCAAAUGUGAAUACAACCCAAGGUCCUUGGUGGGGUAACACCACUUCCGGUCCAAGUGGGAACACUACUGAAUGGCCCUGGUGGAGCAAUACGACCGCUGGACCAAAUGUGAAUACAACCCAAGGUCCUUGGUGGGGUAACACCACUUCCGGUCCAAGUGGGAACACUACUGAAUGGCCCUGGUGGAGCAAUACGACCGCUGGACCAAAUGUGAAUACAACCCAAGGUCCUUGGUGGGGUAACACCACUUCCGGUCCAAGUGGGAACACUACUGAAUGGCCCUGGUGGAGCAAUACGACCGCUGGACCAAAUGUGAAUACAACCCAAGGUCCUUGGUGGGGUAACACCACUUCCGGUCCAAGUGGGAAUACUACUGAAUGGCCCUGGUGGAGCAAUACGACUGCUGGACCAAUUGUGAAUACAACCCAAGGUCCUUGGUGGGGUAAUACAACCGCUGGCGGACCAAACUGGAAUACAACGCAAUGGCCUAACACCAAUACCACCCCAAACUGGACCCUAUCUACACCUCAACCCAACUUGAACACCACCCAAGGUCCCUGGGGCAAUAGUACGACUAUUGGACCAAACUUGAACACCACCAUCCUUGAGCCACAGUGGAACUCAACCGACAGACCGCAGUGGAACAGAACAACCACCGAUAGACCGCAGUGGAACAGAACAACCACCGAUAGACCGCAAUCGAACAGAACAACCACCGAUAGACCGCAGUUGAAUGAAACCACAACCGAGGCGCCCGCCACCACAGAAGGAAACUGGUGGGAUCAACUCUUUCACAACAUUGGAUCCCUCUUCUAGGCGGCCCCAUAGGGCGUCGUCCCAAAGUCCUGUUUGGUGACAGCAAAUAGUUAUAGCAAAUUAAUCAAAGCAAACAAAAUAAAUAUUUGUCAGCAUGUA